ACUCGGAGCUCGCUUUAGUCCUGAGGGUCGGGAGCGGAGCACCUGCAGAGCUGGUAGUCCCAGGCGCAGGUGGCCGUGAGAAUGGCUUGGGCUGCGGGUGUCGCGCACGCCCAGCGGCCGGGGCUCCCCUCUGCGGGGCCGCAGCUCUUGCGCCUCCCCGGGGGGCCGCCCCAUAGGCGACGCUGAGGCCAAGGACAGUCAGUGCGCCUUUUAAAAAUCCGGAUCAUGACGGUCCCCAAGGAAAUGCCCGAGAAGUGGGCCCGGGCCGGGGCACCUUCCUCUUGGAGCCAGAAGAAGCCUUCUUGGGGGACAGAAGAAGAGCGGAGGACACGGGCUAAUGACCGUGAAUACAAUGAGAAAUUCCAGUAUGCGAGUAACUGCAUCAAGACCUCCAAAUACAAUAUUCUCACCUUCCUGCCUGUCAACCUCUUUGAGCAGUUCCAGGAAGUUGCCAACACCUACUUCCUGUUCCUUCUCAUUCUGCAGUUAAUCCCCCAGAUUUCGUCUCUGUCCUGGUUCACCACCAUUGUGCCUUUGGUUCUCGUCCUCACCAUCACAGCUGUUAAAGAUGCCACCGAUGACUAUUUCCGCCACAAGAGUGAUAACCAGGUGAAUAACCGUCAUUCUCAGGUGCUGAUCAAUGGAGUCCUCCAACAAGAGCAAUGGAUGAAUGUAUGCGUUGGUGAUAUUAUCAAGCUAGAAAAUAACCAGUUUGUGGCGGCGGACCUUCUCCUCCUCUCCAGCAGCGAGCCCCAUGGGCUGUGUUACAUAGAGACUGCAGAACUGGAUGGAGAGACUAACAUGAAAGUACGCCAGGCAAUUCCAAUCACCUCGGAGCUGGGGGACAUUAGUCAGCUGGCCAAGUUUGAUGGCGAAGUAAUCUGCGAGCCACCCAACAACAAGCUGGACAAAUUCAGCGGGACACUGUACUGGAAGGAAAACAAAUUUCCCCUGAGCAACCAGAACAUGCUGCUGCGUGGUUGUGUGCUGAGAAACACUGAGUGGUGCUUCGGACUGGUCAUCUUUGCAGGUCCUGAUACUAAGUUGAUGCAGAACAGUGGCAGGACGAAGUUCAAGAGAACAAGUAUCGACCGCCUGAUGAAUACACUGGUACUCUGGAUUUUUGGAUUCCUGGUUUGCAUGGGGGUGAUCCUGGCCAUCGGUAAUGCCAUCUGGGAGCACGAAGUUGGGACACGCUUCCAGGUCUACCUGCCCUGGGAUGAGGCGGUGGAUAGUGCCUUCUUCUCUGGCUUCCUCUCCUUCUGGUCCUAUAUCAUCAUUCUCAACACCGUUGUGCCCAUUUCACUGUAUGUCAGUGUGGAAGUCAUCCGUUUGGGCCACAGCUACUUCAUCAACUGGGACAAGAAGAUGUUCUGCAUGAAGAAGCGGACCCCUGCAGAGGCCCGCACCACCACUCUGAAUGAGGAGCUGGGCCAGGUGGAGUACAUCUUCUCUGAUAAGACGGGCACCCUUACCCAGAACAUCAUGGUGUUCAACAAAUGCUCCAUCAACGGCCACAGCUAUGGUGACGUGUUUGAUGUUUUGGGACACAAAGCUGAAUUGGGAGAGAGACCGGAGCCCGUUGACUUCUCCUUUAAUCCCCUGGCUGACAAGAAAUUCUUGUUUUGGGACUCAAGCCUCUUGGAGGCUGUCAAGAUGGGGGACCCACACACACAUGAGUUCUUCCGUCUCCUCUCCUUGUGUCACACUGUCAUGUCAGAAGAAAAGAACGAAGGAGAGCUGUACUACAAAGCUCAGUCUCCGGAUGAGGGGGCUCUGGUCACUGCAGCCAGGAAUUUUGGUUUUGUGUUCCGCUCUCGUACCCCUAAAACAAUCACUGUCCAUGAGCUCGGUGUAGCCAUCACCUACCAGUUGCUGGCCAUCUUGGACUUUAACAACAUUCGCAAGCGGAUGUCAGUCAUAGUUCGGAAUCCAGAGGGGAAGAUACGACUCUACUGCAAAGGGGCUGACACAAUCCUGCUGGACAGGCUCCACCCUUCUACCCAGGAGUUGCUCAACAGCACCACUGACCACCUGAAUGAGUAUGCCGGGGAUGGGCUGAGGACCCUGGUGUUGGCCUACAAAGACCUGGAUGAGGAAUACUAUGAGGAAUGGGCUAGGAGACGCCUACAGGCUAGCCUGGCCCAAGACAGCCGAGAGGACAGGCUAGCUAGCAUCUAUGAAGAGGUUGAGAGUGACAUGAUGUUGCUGGGUGCCACGGCCAUUGAGGACAAGCUCCAGCAGGGAGUUCCAGAGACCAUUGCCCUCUUGACUCUGGCCAACAUCAAGAUCUGGGUGCUAACUGGAGAUAAGCAAGAGACAGCAGUGAACAUUGGCUACUCCUGUAAGAUGCUGACCGAUGACAUGACAGAGGUGUUCAUAGUCACAGGCCACACUGUCCUGGAGGUGCGAGAGGAACUCAGGAAAGCCCGGAAGAAGAUGGUAGAUUCCUCCCACGCUGUGGGCAACGGCUUCACCUACCAGGGGAACCUUUCUUCUUCAAAGCUCACUUCUGUCCUGGAGGCUGUUGCUGGGGAGUACGCCUUGGUCAUCAAUGGGCACAGCCUGGCCCAUGCCUUGGAGGCUGAUAUGGAGCUAGAGUUUCUGGAGACAGCAUGUGCCUGCAAAGCUGUCAUCUGCUGCCGGGUGACACCCUUGCAGAAGGCACAAGUGGUGGAACUGGUUAAGAAGUACAAGAAGGCAGUAACACUUGCCAUUGGGGAUGGGGCCAAUGAUGUCAGCAUGAUUAAAACUGCUCACAUUGGUGUGGGCAUCAGUGGGCAGGAAGGAAUCCAGGCUGUCCUGGCUUCCGAUUAUUCCUUUUCACAGUUCAAGUUCCUGCAACGCCUCCUGCUGGUGCAUGGGCGCUGGUCCUACCUGCGCAUGUGCAAGUUCCUCUGCUAUUUCUUCUACAAGAACUUUGCGUUCACCAUGGUCCACUUCUGGUUUGGCUUCUUCUGCGGUUUCUCAGCCCAGACUGUUUAUGACCAGUACUUCAUCACCCUGUACAACAUCGUGUACACCUCCCUCCCAGUCCUGGCCAUGGGGGUCUUUGACCAGGACGUCCCGGAGCAGCGAAGCAUGGAGUACCCUAAACUGUAUGAGCCAGGCCAGCUGAACCUCCUAUUCAACAAGCGAGAGUUCUUCAUCUGCAUUGCCCAGGGCAUCUACACCUCUGUGCUCAUGUUCUUCAUUCCCUAUGGAGUGUUUGCGGAGGCCACUCGGGAUGAUGGCACGCAGCUGGCAGACUACCAGUCCUUCGCAGUCACUGUGGCCACAUCGCUGGUCAUUGUGGUCAGUGUGCAGAUUGGGCUGGAUACAGGCUAUUGGACAGCCAUCAACCACUUCUUCAUCUGGGGCAGCCUCGCGGUCUACUUUGCCAUCCUCUUUGCCAUGCACAGUAAUGGGCUCUUUGACAUGUUUCCAAACCAGUUCCGGUUUGUGGGGAAUGCCCAGAACACCCUGGCCCAGCCCACCGUGUGGCUCACCAUCGUGCUCACCACGGCUGUCUGCAUCAUGCCUGUGGUUGCCUUCCGCUUCCUCAGGCUUAGCCUGAAGCCGGAUCUCUCCGACACGGUCCGCUACACCCAGCUGGUAAGGAAGAAGCAGAAGGCACAGCACCGCUGCAUGCGGCGAGUGGGCCGCACGGGCUCUCGGCGCUCUGGCUAUGCCUUCUCGCACCAGGAAGGUUUUGGGGAGCUCAUUAUGUCUGGCAAGAACAUGCGCCUCAGCUCCCUGGCCCUCUCCAGCUUCAGCACACGCUCCAGCUCCAGCUGGAUCGAGAGCCUGCGCAGGAAGAAAAGUGACAGUGCCAACAGCCCAAGUGGUGGAGCUGAGAAGCCCCUCAAGGGCUGAAGACCUGGGCUGAGACCCCCUGCGUCAGGGACCAGAGCUCACAGGGCCGGCGUCUGGAAACUGCUGGUCCUCCAUGCAGCCUGCCUCCUCUGCCUGGUGGCCUGCUCUGCAGGUCUCACCAGUUUGUAGAAGUGGAGGGAGUGGGCCCCAGGGGCAGCGCUGGUUCGGGCCUUGGAUGGGGCCACACAGUGAGGGACAAGAUGUGGAACCAAAAAAACAUGAAAAAGAACUAUGAGAUUGGGUCCACCCCUGUCCUGCUUGGAGUCCACAGGGAGACUAAUCUCCAUAUUUUUUUACUCCUAUUCCCCAGAGGGGCCCUUGCGCCCUUGUUCCUGAAUUACACAAGAAUGUAUCACGCCGGGAAGCCAGAGACCUGCUGGGGCUCCACGCCCCUCAUAUCAUCGUGUGUCCUCUUGGUUUAUGUUUGUGUUGUUUGGUUUUGUCUUUUUUAAUUUGGUAAGUGGAGGAGGCCUUCGUGUGACUUUAUGUUGUGGUUAGUGUCUUAACUCUCCUGGGAAGAGGAGACUGGCACACACUGGGAUGCCCUACCUGGGGGAGUAGCUUGAGAGGGGCCACACCUCACCUUUAGGGUGCCAGUGUCCUGAUGGGAUACAGGAGCUACCAGAUAGGGAUGGAACUGUCAGCAAGAGAAUGUUGGGAGAAUGGAAAGGAAGCAUAUAGUCCUGGCUCCUUCCUCACCUGUGCUGUGGCCGCCCCAGGGCACACAUACGGGUUUUUGGAUCUCCUGAGUCCUGCUACUGCUAGACUAGAGCCCAGGUAAUGGCUCCAUCAUUCCCAGUGAGCUGUAGCUGAUAUGAAGUGUAGUCCUGAGAUGGCAAGUAGGGUUUUUGGAUUCUAAAUUGAAUCCCCAAUUCCUUAGUGUACUCAACUUCAACUUCCCUUCCUUCCUACCCCUCCUUAUCCGGUGCUUUUUCUACCUAACCCUGAAGGGAGACUGAAAAGGGAAGCUGACCUCUGCUGCUUGGGCCCUGUAACCUAGGGCUCUGUCCUCUGGCUCAGCCUCCAGCAAGAGUGGUAGGAAGUAGAUAAAACCUGUUCAGCCCAGAGAACACUUGCUCAGUCUGGACAGAACAUCUUUGGACCCCCUUUCACAGCCCAGCUCUCCAAGUCAGAUACAUAUUGAGGUAGUUGCUACCUGUCGCUUCCAGAAGAAUCUCUUUCUUUGUUUGCUAGCAGCAGAGUAAGGGAGGAGGACUGGUGUGGAGCUGGGAGUGGGGGACACAAGAAUCUAGAUGCUCCAUGCAGUUGCCCCAAAGGAGCUGGAGGAAGGCUGCAGGGAAGUGGGGUGCGGGAAGGCAGGAAGGAAGGGAAGACAAGACUGGGAAAUCCCUUUUGGCCACACAGUUUACAAGCCCAGUAUCAUGUCUGUUUGUGUGUCUCUUAAAAGGAAAGUCUGAUUUUUAUACCAAAGAGGAAAUGAUUUUUUUUUCUAUUUGGUUUGUCUAUAUUAUAUAAAUACAUAUUAUAUAUAUAUAUAGCUAUAUAUAUAUUAUUUUUUUGUUCUCUCUCAUUUUUUAAGGAGGGAGGAAAGUACCACAUUGCAUUGAGCUGUAAUUAAGGAACAUUCUGUAUAAUUUAUGACAUUUCUAUAAUUGCAAAAAUUAUAUCAUUUUAUGGAUAUAAAAGAAAAAUGCCUUUUUAUAAAAUUCCAAUUUCUGAAA